CUGCACUAUGGGACCCUCCUGGGCAGCAGAGCUUGUGCCCACAUGGCAGCAGCUGCCUGGGCCAGUGGCUUUCUCUAUUCACUGCUGCACACAGCCAAUACAUUUUCCCUGCCCCUGUGCCAUGGCAAUGUCUUGGGCCAGUUCUUCUGUGAAAUCCCACAGAUCCUCAAGCUCUCCUGCUCAAAUUCCUACCUCAGGGAACAUGGGCUAAUUGCUGUUAGUGCCUGUUUGCUAUUUGUUUGUUUUCUUUUUGUCAUUUUCUCCUAUGUGCAGAUCUUCAGGGCUGUGCUGAGGAUCCCCUCUGAGCAGGGACAGCACAAAGCCUUUUCCACCUGCCUCCCUCACCUGGCCGUGGUCUCCUUGUUUAUCAGCACUGGCACAUUUUCACACCUGAAACCCCCCUCCAUCUCCUCCCCAUCCCUAGAUCUGGUCCUGUCAAUUCUGUACUCGGUGGUGCCUCCACGAACAGACUCACCAUUGGCGGGGGGGCAGCGCGCGCGGACGUUUUGGCAGGGGCUAGAAGAGGAGACGCAGAAUGGUGCUAUAAUAUCAGACCCCGAAGCGGUUGAUAAAAAUGCACCCCCGCCAUAUGCGUUUGAAAAUGGCGCCGAAGGGCGUGACCUCUGUAGGGCUGGAAUGAAGACACGGGGAGUGGAAAUGCAGAAGGCUCGCUGA